AUGUGUGUUUGCAAGAAAGGUUUUAAGCGCAAUAGCAAAGGAGUUUGUAUCAAGGAAAAGGAUUGUGCUCGUUAUCAUUACCAAGUUUACAAUAAUGAUCAUCACCAAUGCCACGAUUGUGGCAAAAACAAAACUAAAAUUUACAAAAAAACCGAAGAAUGGACUGUUUGUGAAGGCUGUAAAUGCAGCAGCAAAAUUGUUAUUAUUAAGGAAACAGAGUGUGAUAACGAUAGUGACGAAAAUGAUGAUCAUACCCCUGAUUGUGACAAAAACAAAGUUUGCAAUAAAAACGAAGAAUGGACUGAUUGUGGAUAUCCUUGUGCCGAUGUAUGUUCUUCAGAUAUUCAAUGUUUGCCCAGUGAGAUAGGCUGCCAAGGAAUGUGCGUUUGCCAGAAAGGUUUCAAACGUAACAACAGAGGAGUUUGUGUCAAAGAAUCAGAAUGUGCUGACGACCACGAUCACGAUCAUGACCACGGUUGCAAGAAAAACGAAGAAUGGAAUGACUGUGGAAACAAUUGUACCGAUUGUUGUCAUCCAGAUCCUCAAUGCGUGACUUGCGCACCCAUGUGUGUUUGCAGGGAAGGUUUCAAACGCAACCGCAAGGGAGAUUGUAUAAAAGAAUCAGAAUGUGCUGACGACCACGAUCACGAUCAUGACCACGGUUGCAAGAAAAACGAAGAAUGGAAUGAAUGUGGAAACAAUUGUACCGAUUGUUGUCAUCCAGAUCCUCAAUGCGUGACUUGCGCACCCAUGUGUGUUUGCAGGGAAGGUUUCAAACGCAACCGCAAGGGAGAUUGUAUAAAAGAAUCAGAAUGUGCUGACGACCACGAUCACGAUCAUGACCACGGUUGCAAGAAAAACGAAGAAUGGAAUGAAUGUGGAAACAAUUGUACCGAUUGUUGUCAUCCAGAUCCUCAAUGCGUGACUUGCGCACCCAUGUGUGUUUGCAGGGAAGGUUUCAAACGCAACCGCAAGGGAGAUUGUAUAAAAGAAUCAGAAUGUGCUGACGACCACGAUCACGAUCAUGACCACGGUUGCAAGAAAAACGAAGAAUGGAAUGAAUGUGGAAACAAUUGUACCGAUUGUUGUCAUCCAGAUCCUCAAUGCGUGACUUGCGCACCCAUGUGUGUUUGCAGGGAAGGUUUCAAACGCAACCGCAAGGGAGAUUGUAUAAAAGAAUCAGAAUGUGCUGACGACCACGAUCACGAUCAUGACCACGGUUGCAAGAAAAACGAAGAAUGGAAUGAAUGUGGAAACAAUUGUACCGAUUGUUGUCAUCCAGAUCCUCAAUGCGUGACUUGCGCACCCAUGUGUGUUUGCAGGGAAGGUUUCAAACGCAACCGCAAGGGAGAUUGUAUAAAAGAAUCAGAAUGUGCUGACGACCACGAUCACGAUCAUGACCACGGUUGCAAGAAAAACGAAGAAUGGAAUGAAUGUGGAAACAAUUGUACCGAUUGUUGUCAUCCAGAUCCUCAAUGCGUGACUUGCGCACCCAUGUGUGUUUGCAGGGAAGGUUUCAAACGCAACCGCAAGGGAGAUUGUAUAAAAGAAUCAGAAUGUGCUGACGACCACGAUCACGAUCAUGACCACGGUUGCAAGAAAAACGAAGAAUGGAAUGAAUGUGGAAACAAUUGUACCGAUUGUUGUCAUCCAGAUCCUCAAUGCGUGACUUGCGCACCCAUGUGUGUUUGCAGGGAAGGUUUCAAACGCAACCGCAAGGGAGAUUGUAUAAAAGAAUCAGAAUGUGCUGACGACCACGAUCACGAUCAUGACCACGGUUGCAAGAAAAACGAAGAAUGGAAUGAAUGUGGAAACAAUUGUACCGAUUGUUGUCAUCCAGAUCCUCAAUGCGUGACUUGCGCACCCAUGUGUGUUUGCAGGGAAGGUUUCAAACGCAACCGCAAGGGAGAUUGUAUAAAAGAAUCAGAAUGUGCUGACGACCACGAUCACGAUCAUGACCACGGUUGCAAGAAAAACGAAGAAUGGAAUGAAUGUGGAAACAAUUGUACCGAUUGUUGUCAUCCAGAUCCUCAAUGCGUGACUUGCGCACCCAUGUGUGUUUGCAGGGAAGGUUUCAAACGCAACCGCAAGGGAGAUUGUAUAAAAGAAUCAGAAUGUGCUGACGACCACGAUCACGAUCAUGACCACGGUUGCAAGAAAAACGAAGAAUGGAAUGACUGUGGAAACAAUUGUACCGAUUGUUGUCAUCCAGAUCCUCAAUGCGUGACUUGCGCACCCAUGUGUGUUUGCAGGGAAGGUUUCAAACGCAACCGCAAGGGAGAUUGUAUAAAAGAAUCAGAAUGUGCUGACGACCACGAUCACGAUCAUGACCACGGUUGCAAGAAAAACGAAGAAUGGAAUGAAUGUGGAAACAAUUGUACCGAUUGUUGUCAUCCAGAUCCUCAAUGCGUGACUUGCGCACCCAUGUGUGUUUGCAGGGAAGGUUUCAAACGCAACCGCAAGGGAGAUUGUAUAAAAGAAUCAGAAUGUGCUGACGACCACGAUCACGAUCAUGACCACGGUUGCAAGAAAAACGAAGAAUGGAAUGAAUGUGGAAACAAUUGUACCGAUUGUUGUCAUCCAGAUCCUCAAUGCGUGACUUGCGCACCCAUGUGUGUUUGCAGGGAAGGUUUCAAACGCAACCGCAAGGGAGAUUGUAUAAAAGAAUCAGAAUGUGCUGACGACCACGAUCACGAUCAUGACCACGGUUGCAAGAAAAACGAAGAAUGGAAUGAAUGUGGAAACAAUUGUACCGAUUGUUGUCAUCCAGAUCCUCAAUGCGUGACUUGCGCACCCAUGUGUGUUUGCAGGGAAGGUUUCAAACGCAACCGCAAGGGAGAUUGUAUAAAAGAAUCAGAAUGUGCUGACGACCACGAUCACGAUCAUGACCACGGUUGCAAGAAAAACGAAGAAUGGAAUGAAUGUGGAAACAAUUGUACCGAUUGUUGUCAUCCAGAUCCUCAAUGCGUGACUUGCGCACCCAUGUGUGUUUGCAGGGAAGGUUUCAAACGCAACCGCAAGGGAGAUUGUAUAAAAGAAUCAGAAUGUGCUGACGACCACGAUCACGAUCAUGACCACGGUUGCAAGAAAAACGAAGAAUGGAAUGAAUGUGGAAACAAUUGUACCGAUUGUUGUCAUCCAGAUCCUCAAUGCGUGACUUGCGCACCCAUGUGUGUUUGCAGGGAAGGUUUCAAACGCAACCGCAAGGGAGAUUGUAUAAAAGAAUCAGAAUGUGCUGACGACCACGAUCACGAUCAUGACCACGGUUGCAAGAAAAACGAAGAAUGGAAUGAAUGUGGAAACAAUUGUACCGAUUGUUGUCAUCCAGAUCCUCAAUGCGUGACUUGCGCACCCAUGUGUGUUUGCAGGGAAGGUUUCAAACGCAACCGCAAGGGAGAUUGUAUAAAAGAAUCAGAAUGUGCUGACGACCACGAUCACGAUCAUGACCACGGUUGCAAGAAAAACGAAGAAUGGAAUGACUGUGGAAACAAUUGUACCGAUUGUUGUCAUCCAGAUCCUCAAUGCGUGACUUGCGCACCCAUGUGUGUUUGCAGGGAAGGUUUCAAACGCAACCGCAAGGGAGAUUGUAUAAAAGAAUCAGAAUGUGCUGACGACCACGAUCACGAUCAUGACCACGGUUGCAAGAAAAACGAAGAAUGGAAUGAAUGUGGAAACAAUUGUACCGAUUGUUGUCAUCCAGAUCCUCAAUGCGUGACUUGCGCACCCAUGUGUGUUUGCAGGGAAGGUUUCAAACGCAACCGCAAGGGAGAUUGUAUAAAAGAAUCAGAAUGUGCUGACGACCACGAUCACGAUCAUGACCACGGUUGCAAGAAAAACGAAGAAUGGAAUGAAUGUGGAAACAAUUGUACCGAUUGUUGUCAUCCAGAUCCUCAAUGCGUGACUUGCGCACCCAUGUGUGUUUGCAGGGAAGGUUUCAAACGCAACCGCAAGGGAGAUUGUAUAAAAGAAUCAGAAUGUGCUGACGACCACGAUCACGAUCAUGACCACGGUUGCAAGAAAAACGAAGAAUGGAAUGAAUGUGGAAACAAUUGUACCGAUUGUUGUCAUCCAGAUCCUCAAUGCGUGACUUGCGCACCCAUGUGUGUUUGCAGGGAAGGUUUCAAACGCAACCGCAAGGGAGAUUGUAUAAAAGAAUCAGAAUGUGCUGACGACCACGAUCACGAUCAUGACCACGGUUGCAAGAAAAACGAAGAAUGGAAUGAAUGUGGAAACAAUUGUACCGAUUGUUGUCAUCCAGAUCCUCAAUGCGUGACUUGCGCACCCAUGUGUGUUUGCAGGGAAGGUUUCAAACGCAACCGCAAGGGAGAUUGUAUAAAAGAAUCAGAAUGUGCUGACGACCACGAUCACGAUCAUGACCACGGUUGCAAGAAAAACGAAGAAUGGAAUGAAUGUGGAAACAAUUGUACCGAUUGUUGUCAUCCAGAUCCUCAAUGCGUGACUUGCGCACCCAUGUGUGUUUGCAGGGAAGGUUUCAAACGCAACCGCAAGGGAGAUUGUAUAAAAGAAUCAGAAUGUGCUGACGACCACGAUCACGAUCAUGACCACGGUUGCAAGAAAAACGAAGAAUGGAAUGAAUGUGGAAACAAUUGUACCGAUUGUUGUCAUCCAGAUCCUCAAUGCGUGACUUGCGCACCCAUGUGUGUUUGCAGGGAAGGUUUCAAACGCAACCGCAAGGGAGAUUGUAUAAAAGAAUCAGAAUGUGCUGACGACCACGAUCACGAUCAUGACCACGGUUGCAAGAAAAACGAAGAAUGGAAUGAAUGUGGAAACAAUUGUACCGAUUGUUGUCAUCCAGAUCCUCAAUGCGUGACUUGCGCACCCAUGUGUGUUUGCAGGGAAGGUUUCAAACGCAACCGCAAGGGAGAUUGUAUAAAAGAAUCAGAAUGUGCUGACGACCACGAUCACGAUCAUGACCACGGUUGCAAGAAAAACGAAGAAUGGAAUGAAUGUGGAAACAAUUGUACCGAUUGUUGUCAUCCAGAUCCUCAAUGCGUGACUUGCGCACCCAUGUGUGUUUGCAGGGAAGGUUUCAAACGCAACCGCAAGGGAGAUUGUAUAAAAGAAUCAGAAUGUGCUGACGACCACGAUCACGAUCAUGACCACGGUUGCAAGAAAAACGAAGAAUGGAAUGAAUGUGGAAACAAUUGUACCGAUUGUUGUCAUCCAGAUCCUCAAUGCGUGACUUGCGCACCCAUGUGUGUUUGCAGGGAAGGUUUCAAACGCAACCGCAAGGGAGAUUGUAUAAAAGAAUCAGAAUGUGCUGACGACCACGAUCACGAUCAUGACCACGGUUGCAAGAAAAACGAAGAAUGGAAUGAAUGUGGAAACAAUUGUACCGAUUGUUGUCAUCCAGAUCCUCAAUGCGUGACUUGCGCACCCAUGUGUGUUUGCAGGGAAGGUUUCAAACGCAACCGCAAGGGAGAUUGUAUAAAAGAAUCAGAAUGUGCUGACGACCACGAUCACGAUCAUGACCACGGUUGCAAGAAAAACGAAGAAUGGAAUGAAUGUGGAAACAAUUGUACCGAUUGUUGUCAUCCAGAUCCUCAAUGCGUGACUUGCGCACCCAUGUGUGUUUGCAGGGAAGGUUUCAAACGCAACCGCAAGGGAGAUUGUAUAAAAGAAUCAGAAUGUGCUGACGACCACGAUCACGAUCAUGACCACGGUUGCAAGAAAAACGAAGAAUGGAAUGAAUGUGGAAACAAUUGUACCGAUUGUUGUCAUCCAGAUCCUCAAUGCGUGACUUGCGCACCCAUGUGUGUUUGCAGGGAAGGUUUCAAACGCAACCGCAAGGGAGAUUGUAUAAAAGAAUCAGAAUGUGCUGACGACCACGAUCACGAUCAUGACCACGGUUGCAAGAAAAACGAAGAAUGGAAUGAAUGUGGAAACAAUUGUACCGAUUGUUGUCAUCCAGAUCCUCAAUGCGUGACUUGCGCACCCAUGUGUGUUUGCAGGGAAGGUUUCAAACGCAACCGCAAGGGAGAUUGUAUAAAAGAAUCAGAAUGUGCUGACGACCACGAUCACGAUCAUGACCACGGUUGCAAGAAAAACGAAGAAUGGAAUGAAUGUGGAAACAAUUGUACCGAUUGUUGUCAUCCAGAUCCUCAAUGCGUGACUUGCGCACCCAUGUGUGUUUGCAGGGAAGGUUUCAAACGCAACCGCAAGGGAGAUUGUAUAAAAGAAUCAGAAUGUGCUGACGACCACGAUCACGAUCAUGACCACGGUUGCAAGAAAAACGAAGAAUGGAAUGAAUGUGGAAACAAUUGUACCGAUUGUUGUCAUCCAGAUCCUCAAUGCGUGACUUGCGCACCCAUGUGUGUUUGCAGGGAAGGUUUCAAACGCAACCGCAAGGGAGAUUGUAUAAAAGAAUCAGAAUGUGCUGACGACCACGAUCACGAUCAUGACCACGGUUGCAAGAAAAACGAAGAAUGGAAUGAAUGUGGAAACAAUUGUACCGAUUGUUGUCAUCCAGAUCCUCAAUGCGUGACUUGCGCACCCAUGUGUGUUUGCAGGGAAGGUUUCAAACGCAACCGCAAGGGAGAUUGUAUAAAAGAAUCAGAAUGUGCUGACGACCACGAUCACGAUCAUGACCACGGUUGCAAGAAAAACGAAGAAUGGAAUGAAUGUGGAAACAAUUGUACCGAUUGUUGUCAUCCAGAUCCUCAAUGCGUGACUUGCGCACCCAUGUGUGUUUGCAGGGAAGGUUUCAAACGCAACCGCAAGGGAGAUUGUAUAAAAGAAUCAGAAUGUGCUGACGACCACGAUCACGAUCAUGACCACGGUUGCAAGAAAAACGAAGAAUGGAAUGAAUGUGGAAACAAUUGUACCGAUUGUUGUCAUCCAGAUCCUCAAUGCGUGACUUGCGCACCCAUGUGUGUUUGCAGGGAAGGUUUCAAACGCAACCGCAAGGGAGAUUGUAUAAAAGAAUCAGAAUGUGCUGACGACCACGAUCACGAUCAUGACCACGGUUGCAAGAAAAACGAAGAAUGGAAUGAAUGUGGAAACAAUUGUACCGAUUGUUGUCAUCCAGAUCCUCAAUGCGUGACUUGCGCACCCAUGUGUGUUUGCAGGGAAGGUUUCAAACGCAACCGCAAGGGAGAUUGUAUAAAAGAAUCAGAAUGUGCUGACGACCACGAUCACGAUCAUGACCACGGUUGCAAGAAAAACGAAGAAUGGAAUGAAUGUGGAAACAAUUGUACCGAUUGUUGUCAUCCAGAUCCUCAAUGCGUGACUUGCGCACCCAUGUGUGUUUGCAGGGAAGGUUUCAAACGCAACCGCAAGGGAGAUUGUAUAAAAGAAUCAGAAUGUGCUGACGACCACGAUCACGAUCAUGACCACGGUUGCAAGAAAAACGAAGAAUGGAAUGAAUGUGGAAACAAUUGUACCGAUUGUUGUCAUCCAGAUCCUCAAUGCGUGACUUGCGCACCCAUGUGUGUUUGCAGGGAAGGUUUCAAACGCAACCGCAAGGGAGAUUGUAUAAAAGAAUCAGAAUGUGCUGACGACCACGAUCACGAUCAUGACCACGGUUGCAAGAAAAACGAAGAAUGGAAUGAAUGUGGAAACAAUUGUACCGAUUGUUGUCAUCCAGAUCCUCAAUGCGUGACUUGCGCACCCAUGUGUGUUUGCAGGGAAGGUUUCAAACGCAACCGCAAGGGAGAUUGUAUAAAAGAAUCAGAAUGUGCUGACGACCACGAUCACGAUCAUGACCACGGUUGCAAGAAAAACGAAGAAUGGAAUGAAUGUGGAAACAAUUGUACCGAUUGUUGUCAUCCAGAUCCUCAAUGCGUGACUUGCGCACCCAUGUGUGUUUGCAGGGAAGGUUUCAAACGCAACCGCAAGGGAGAUUGUAUAAAAGAAUCAGAAUGUGCUGACGACCACGAUCACGAUCAUGACCACGGUUGCAAGAAAAACGAAGAAUGGAAUGAAUGUGGAAACAAUUGUACCGAUUGUUGUCAUCCAGAUCCUCAAUGCGUGACUUGCGCACCCAUGUGUGUUUGCAGGGAAGGUUUCAAACGCAACCGCAAGGGAGAUUGUAUAAAAGAAUCAGAAUGUGCUGACGACCACGAUCACGAUCAUGACCACGGUUGCAAGAAAAACGAAGAAUGGAAUGAAUGUGGAAACAAUUGUACCGAUUGUUGUCAUCCAGAUCCUCAAUGCGUGACUUGCGCACCCAUGUGUGUUUGCAGGGAAGGUUUCAAACGCAACCGCAAGGGAGAUUGUAUAAAAGAAUCAGAAUGUGCUGACGACCACGAUCACGAUCAUGACCACGGUUGCAAGAAAAACGAAGAAUGGAAUGAAUGUGGAAACAAUUGUACCGAUUGUUGUCAUCCAGAUCCUCAAUGCGUGACUUGCGCACCCAUGUGUGUUUGCAGGGAAGGUUUCAAACGCAACCGCAAGGGAGAUUGUAUAAAAGAAUCAGAAUGUGCUGACGACCACGAUCACGAUCAUGACCACGGUUGCAAGAAAAACGAAGAAUGGAAUGAAUGUGGAAACAAUUGUACCGAUUGUUGUCAUCCAGAUCCUCAAUGCGUGACUUGCGCACCCAUGUGUGUUUGCAGGGAAGGUUUCAAACGCAACCGCAAGGGAGAUUGUAUAAAAGAAUCAGAAUGUGCUGACGACCACGAUCACGAUCAUGACCACGGUUGCAAGAAAAACGAAGAAUGGAAUGAAUGUGGAAACAAUUGUACCGAUUGUUGUCAUCCAGAUCCUCAAUGCGUGACUUGCGCACCCAUGUGUGUUUGCAGGGAAGGUUUCAAACGCAACCGCAAGGGAGAUUGUAUAAAAGAAUCAGAAUGUGCUGACGACCACGAUCACGAUCAUGACCACGGUUGCAAGAAAAACGAAGAAUGGAAUGAAUGUGGAAACAAUUGUACCGAUUGUUGUCAUCCAGAUCCUCAAUGCGUGACUUGCGCACCCAUGUGUGUUUGCAGGGAAGGUUUCAAACGCAACCGCAAGGGAGAUUGUAUAAAAGAAUCAGAAUGUGCUGACGACCACGAUCACGAUCAUGACCACGGUUGCAAGAAAAACGAAGAAUGGAAUGAAUGUGGAAACAAUUGUACCGAUUGUUGUCAUCCAGAUCCUCAAUGCGUGACUUGCGCACCCAUGUGUGUUUGCAGGGAAGGUUUCAAACGCAACCGCAAGGGAGAUUGUAUAAAAGAAUCAGAAUGUGCUGACGACCACGAUCACGAUCAUGACCACGGUUGCAAGAAAAACGAAGAAUGGAAUGAAUGUGGAAACAAUUGUACCGAUUGUUGUCAUCCAGAUCCUCAAUGCGUGACUUGCGCACCCAUGUGUGUUUGCAGGGAAGGUUUCAAACGCAACCGCAAGGGAGAUUGUAUAAAAGAAUCAGAAUGUGCUGACGACCACGAUCACGAUCAUGACCACGGUUGCAAGAAAAACGAAGAAUGGAAUGAAUGUGGAAACAAUUGUACCGAUUGUUGUCAUCCAGAUCCUCAAUGCGUGACUUGCGCACCCAUGUGUGUUUGCAGGGAAGGUUUCAAACGCAACCGCAAGGGAGAUUGUAUAAAAGAAUCAGAAUGUGCUGACGACCACGAUCACGAUCAUGACCACGGUUGCAAGAAAAACGAAGAAUGGAAUGAAUGUGGAAACAAUUGUACCGAUUGUUGUCAUCCAGAUCCUCAAUGCGUGACUUGUGCACCCAUGUGUGUUUGCAGGGAAGGUUUCAAACGCAACCGCAAGGGAGAUUGUAUAAAAGAAUCAGAAUGUGCUGACGAUCAUGACCACGAUAACGAUCAUGACCACGAUCAUGACCACGGUUGCAAGAAAAACGAAGAAUGGAAUGAGUGUGGAAACAAUUGUACCGAUUGUUGUCACCCAGAUCCUCAAUGCGUGACUUGUGCACCCAUGUGUGUCUGCAAGGAAGGUUUGAAACGCAACCGCAAGGGAGAUUGUAUAAAAGAAGCAGAAUGUGCUCAUGACCACGAUCAUGACCACGAUCACGAUCAUGACCACGGUUGCAAGAAAAACGAAGAAUGGAAUGACUGUGGAAACAAUUGUACCGAUUGUUGUCACCCAGAUCCUCUGUGCUCGACGGUUUGUGUACCCAUGUGUGUCUGCAAGGAAGGUUUGAAACGCAACCGCAAGGGAGAUUGUAUAAAAGAAGCAGAAUGUGCUCAUGACCACGAUCACGAUCAUGACCACGAUCACGAUCAUGACCACGAUCACGAUCAUGACCACGAUCACGAUCAUGACCACGGUUGCAAGAAAAACGAAGAAUGGAAUGACUGUGGAAACAAUUGUACCGAUUGUUGUCACCCAGAUCCUCUGUGCUCGACGGUUUGUGUACCCAUGUGUGUCUGCAAGGAAGGUUUGAAACGCAACCGCAAGGGAGAUUGUAUAAAAGAAGCAGAAUGUGCUCUUGACCACGAUCAUGACCACGAUCAUAAUCAUGACCACGAUCACGAUCAUGACCACGAUCACGAUCAUGACCACGGUUGCAAGAAAAACGAAGAAUGGAAUGACUGUGGAAACAAUUGUACCGAUUGUUGUCACCCAGAUCCUCUGUGCUCGACGGUUUGUGUACCCAUGUGUGUCUGCAAGGAAGGUUUGAAACGCAACCGCAAGGGAGAUUGUAUAAAAGAAGCAGAAUGUGCUCAUGACCACGAUCAUGACCACGAUCACGAUCAUGACCACGAUCACGAUCAUGACCACGAUCACGAUCAUGACCACGGUUGCAAGAAAAACGAAGAAUGGAAUGACUGUGGAAACAAUUGUACCGAUUGUUGUCACCCAGAUCCUCUGUGCUCGACGGUUUGUGUACCCAUGUGUGUCUGCAAGGAAGGUUUGAAACGCAACCGCAAGGGAGAUUGUAUAAAAGAAGCAGAAUGUGCUCAUGACCACGAUCAUGACCACGAUCACGAUCAUGACCACGAUCACGAUCAUGACCACGGUUGCAAGAAAAACGAAGAAUGGAAUGACUGUGGAAACAAUUGUACCGAUUGUUGUCACCCAGAUCCUCUGUGCUCGACGGUUUGUGUACCCAUGUGUGUCUGCAAGGAAGGUUUGAAACGCAACCGCAAGGGAGAUUGUAUAAAAGAAGCAGAAUGUGCUCAUGACCACGAUCAUGACCACGAUCACGAUCAUGACCACGAUCACGAUCAUGACCACGGUUGCAAGAAAAACGAAGAAUGGAAUGACUGUGGAAACAAUUGUACCGAUUGUUGUCACCCAGAUCCUCUGUGCUCGACGGUUUGUGUACCCAUGUGUGUCUGCAAGGAAGGUUUGAAACGCAACCGCAAGGGAGAUUGUAUAAAAGAAUCAGAAUGUGCACAUGACCACGAUCAUGACCACGAUCACGAUCAUGACCACGGUUGCAAGAAAAACGAAGAAUGGAAUGACUGUGGAAACAAUUGUACCGAUUGUUGUCACCCAGAUCCUCUGUGUUCGACGGUUUGUGUACCCAUGUGUGUCUGCAAGGAAGGUUUUAAACGCAACCGCAAGGGAGACUGUAUCAAAGAAAUAGAAUGUUCUCAUGAUCACCAUCACGAUGAUGACCAUGACCACGAUAAAGAAUGCAAGGUAAAUGAUCAUGAUCAUGACCAUGACAAAGAUUCUAAGGAAAAAGAUCAUGACCACGAUAAAGAUUCCAAGGAAAAAGAUCACGACCACGAUAAAGAUUCCAAGGAAAAAGAUCACGACCACGAUAAAGAUUCCAAGGAAAAAGAUCACGACCACGACAAAGAUUCCAAGGAAAAGGAUCAUGACCACGACAAAGAUUCCAAGGAAAAAUAUCACGACCACGACAAAGAUUCCAAGGAAAAAGAUCACGACCACGAUAAAGAUUCCAAGGAAAAAGAUCACGACCACCAUAAAGAUUCCAAGGAAAAAGAUCACGACCACGACAAAGAUUGCAAAGAAAUAGAUCAUGAUCACGAUCAUGACCAUGACAAAGAUUCCAAGGAAAAGGAUCAUGACCACGACAAAGAUUCCAAGGAAAAAGAUCACGACCACGAUAAAGAUUCCAAGGAAAAGGAUCACGACCACGACAAAGAUUCCAAGGAAAAAGAUCACGACCACGAUAAAGAUUCCAAGGAAAAGGAUCAUGACCACGACAAAGAUUCCAAGGAAAAAGAUCACGACCACGACAAAGAUUGCAAGGAAAUAGAUCACAAUCAUGACCACGACAAAGAUUCUAAGGAAAAUGAUCAUGACCACGACAAAGAUUCGAAGGAAAAAGAUCAUGACCACGACAAAGAUUCGAAGGAAAAAGAUCAUGACCACGACAAAGAUUCGAAGGAAAAAGAUCAUGACCACGACAAAGAUUCGAAGGAAAAAGAUCAUGACCACGACAAAGAUUCUAAGGAAAAUGAUCAUGACCACGACAAAGAUUCGAAGGAAAAAGAUCAUGACCACGACAAAGAUUCGAAGGAAAAAGAUCAUGACCACGACAAAGAUUCGAAGGAAAAAGAUCAUGACCACGACAAAGAUUCGAAGGAAAAAGAUCAUGACCACGACAAAGAUUCUAAGGAAAAUGAUCAUGACCACGACAAAGAUUCGAAGGAAAAAGAUCAUGACCACGACAAAGAUUCGAAGGAAAAAGAUCAUGACCACGACAAAGAUUCCAAGGAAAAAGGUCAUGACCACGACAAAGAUUCUAAGGAAAAUGAUCAUGACCACGACAAAGAUUCUAAGGAAAAUGAUCAUGACCACGACAAAGAUUCCAAGGAAAAAGAUCAUGACCACGACAAAGAUUCCAAGGAAAAAGAUCAUGACCACGACAAAGAUUCUAAGGAAAAUGAUCAUGACCACGAUAAAGAUUCCAAGGAAAAAGAUAAUGACCACGACAAAGUUUGCAAGGAAAACGAAGUAUGGACCAAUUGUGGAAACCCUUGUACCGAUGCAUGUUCCAAUGGUGUGAAAUGUGCCGAAUCUUGUCAAAAAAUGUGCAUUUGCAAAAAAGGUUUUAAACGCAACAGCAAGGGAGUUUGUAUCAAAGAAAAAGAAUGUGCAAAGGAUCUUGACAACGGUAAAGUUUGCAAGGAAAAUGAAGAAUGGAAUGACUGUGGAAACCCCUGUACCGAUGCAUGUCCCAAUGGUGUAAAAUGUGCUGCAUCUUGUCAAAAAAUGUGUGUUUGCAAGAAAGGCUUUAAACGCAAUAGCAAAGGAGUUUGUGUCAAGGAAACUGAAUGUGCUGAGAUCUGUUCUAAGUGUAAAGACGUGAAUCAUCGUUACACUUAUUCUAAUCCAUGCUCUCACUUAUGUAACUCAGAAUUAAUGAUCUGCUUAGAAGGACCUGUUUGGGGAUGUCAUUGCAUGGAAGGUUUUAGAGCUGAUGUCAACCAAGGAGGCAAAUGUAUUCCACAAUCUCAAUGCCCUCUUCCGAAUGAAACCAAUAAAUGUGGAAAAAAUAACCAGCAGUACGAGUUGUCUAGUGCAAAGGAAAGAGUUUGCAAAUCUAAAGACAGCCAAUCACGUUAUGGAUGUUGGUGCAAAAAGGGAUAUAAAUAUGAUUCCAAAAAGGAAAAGUGCGUUUUAGAAAAAGAUUGUUAA